AAAACAGGAACGCUUUGUCUACAUAAAACACGUGCAAAGCGGAUGCGCCGCGGAAUGCAUCAUUUUCCUGGCUUCACCAGGUCCGGCGGUGAGUUUUGGGACUGUGUCUUCAGUGUUUGGACCCAGCACAGCGCCUGAACCUUCCGCUUUCUCACCUAGUUUGUGUCACAGACCUGCGGUUCAGGUUUCCGUGUCAGUCUCUGCUGUCAGCUAUGAAACUGCGCAGGUGACAGGAAGCAACAGAUAGUAAGAGAAACUCUCAACAGAAAACUUCCAGUGAGCCAUGUCCUCCUCAGCCUGCCAGUGGACCUCUCUGCGCCAGUUUGUCUUCAGCAGCCUGUUGGUGUUGGGUUUUGUGGUUCUUUUCUGCACAUACUACAACCUUGAAAUCAAGUUCCCCACUUUUCAUACUUACAUGGAGAGAGGCAGUCAUUCCUGUUCUACAGUUAAUCCAGAUCACAAUGACACCCAGAUGGUCCAGACUGCAGCAGUGGACACUGAGCCUGAUACUAUUGUAUUGAUCUGGAUGUGGCCAUUUGGCCACAAAUUUAAUCUCAGCUGCCGAACUUUUAAUAUCGAAAGAUGCCACCUGACAGAUGACAAGUCACUGUACCACAAAGCCCACGGGGUUAUCUUCCACCACAGGGACAUUCAUGGAAAUCUAACAAGCUUACCCAAAGAGACGCGUCCCUGGUUUCAGAAAUGGGUGUGGCAAAAUAUGGAGUCGCCUGCAAACUCGGAUCCAAUCCCUGAGGUCAAUCACUUUUUCAAUUUGACAUGCAAUUAUCGGCUUGAUUCAAAUAUUCCUGUGCCUUAUGGGCAUCUGGUGCCAGUGACACCUGAAGAUGAGAGUUUCAAAUUGCCAGCAAAGGACAAGUUGGUCUGCUGGGUUGUGAGCAACUGGAAGCCGAACUAUAAAAGAGUUCAGUUCUACAAUGAAAUGAAAAAUCAUGUCAUGAUUCAUACUUAUGGAAGGGAAUUUGACAAAGAUCUCACUAAACAAGAGUAUUCGAAGAUAGUUUCUAGUUGUAAAUUCUAUCUCUCCUUUGAAAACUCCAUAUACAAAGACUAUAUCACAGAGAAGUUAUACAGACCUAUGAGUUUAGGAACUGUGCCAGUAGUUCUGGGCCCUUCAAGACAAAAUUAUGAGGACCAUAUCCCGGGAGAUUCUUUCAUUCAUGUCAAUGACUUUUCUACUCCAAAGGAGCUGGCAGAGAGGCUCAUUUACCUUGACCAAAACAAUUCUAAGUACAUGAGAUACUUUAACUGGAGGAGAAGGUUUAAAGUGAAAAUGUCUGCGUUUGGCAGAGAACAUGCUUGCAAAACUUGCGGCUACUUACAAAAUCACAGAGGAUACCAAGUUUUUCAUAAUCUCAACAAAUGGUACUGGGGUUAGCAGAGAAAAAACAUUUUUGUUUGCAUGUGGCUUCACAGGUCAGUGAAACACAGUGCUUUAUGUUUCAUAUGUUGUGGUUAUGGUUUUCAUAAUAUUCUUAUUACAGUUGUUUGGGGACAAUUCUGCAUUUUGUACGGGACACAGAAGAAAUUUGGUCACUGUGAUCUGUUAUGAGUUUAUUCAAGGUAUCACUCCGUUCACAAACGUCAUAUAAUGAUAUUCUUUCCAUUGCUUUGGACAUACCUUCACAUGGCUGCUGUAACCCCAACACAGUGGAGGUGGGUGGAAUUUUGUUUUCAUUGUUCAUGGUGUUGAAACAUUAUUUCUCUAAGACACACAUCUCCAAACCUGUCCACAUGGCUUGAGAUGAGCAAAGGGAAGAAAUAAAAUCCAGCAUGCUUUUUUUUUUUUUUGUUAUGUCAUCUCUAAUUGUACAUUCUGCAAAUCAAUCAUUUAUGGUGCACAAACAUUUUUAAUUAGUUGGUUUUGUAAGAGAAGAAGAAGAAUUGCUCAUUUUCCAUCACAGAAAAUGGACCUCAAGAGUCAGAAGAAACAAGAUUUUAUGGGUUUUAUUUCUUUUCUGUAACAAAUCGUCAUGUUUUGAAGGGAACUGUAACGAAAACUACAUUUGUGCAAGUCAGCCAUCAAUUCAUCCAAGUGUUUCUGUCUGGAAUAUCAUGUUUUUAUGAAAGGACUGGCUCUGCUGCUGAUAAUACAGUCUAAGUACACCCUCUGCUGGUGAUCGGCCAGA